AUGUGUAAUAUUUUACAUUUCAUCUUUCAGGGAGGUGAUGUCGUGGAGGAAACUCUCUAUGCUAAUGUUACUAAGGACAUCGUUAUUCUGGAAUUUCAACGAUCGGAUGGAACUCUAGUAACACAACUCUCAGAUUUCACAAAUGAGGUUCUUGUGCUACGUGCAUUAGUACUGGGAGAGGAAGAGAGGGGUCAAAACCAAUAUCAAGUCCUUUGUUUCAUCCUAGCUGAUCAAACAUCUGAUUUGAUUCCAUCAGAAGCUAUAUCAAAAUUAAGACAGAAAAAUCCAGGUGCAUUGAGGGUACCAGAAGAGGAUAGGGGAAAAGAGGCUUUUGACUUCAACCUCCAGAUGUCACCAUCUGAAGGAGGAAUGCUCUCACCUUUGCUAGAGGACUUUUGCAGUGAAGCUCAGCAUUCAACGUAUCUCAGAGAACAGGACUGGAUUGGUUGGCAGGAGCAAAGAGGUCAGUGA